AAUUCGGGAGAAUUCGAAGAAGAAAAGUUUCGGCGGAAACAAUUAAAUCGGUUCUAAAUAAUAUGAUUUAUAAGCCUAAGUCAGUUAUAAAUAAUGAUGUUAUGCAAUCUUUAUCGGGGGUCAAACACGAUGAUAGCGCAACAAGCUUUCAGAAUGACAGGUUGAUAAGGGUGGAUUUGGAGAGCAUAGAUUCUUCGUCAACUGAAUAUUUCAACGCGUCAAUGUUGUCAGAACUUCCAGAGACGGGAGACUUGACAUCGAAGACGGAAGUUGGUGGUUUAUAUCAAGAUGAAAUAAUAAAUUUGGAAAAGAGUAACAUGAACAACAGCGUUUCGGAUGAGAAUAAUCCGGAAUCGAAUAUAUCCAUGGAACAAGGAUCAUCAUUGACAAUUCAAGAAACAGAAGUGAAAAAGAAAAAAACUUUUGAACCUAUGAAUAUUCGACCCGCUGGAAUUGAGGUGAAACUUCCAAAGAUAAUUGGAAAAUUUGUACAGCCCUCAAAUCCAAGAUUACUUAAAGUCGCAGUUUUAGGAAUACCUAACGCUGGUAAAUCAACGCUAUUGAAUGCUUUGAUAGGUGAGACGAUUUCGAUAGUAUCCGAAAAAGCACAUACAACUCGAGAAAGAAUUCUGAUGGUUUUGACAGAGGGAAACACACAAAUAGUAAAUAAACUCUCAAUUUAUACCGUUUUGUUUUCGAUAUUUCAAUCACACAAGUUUCCAAAGAAGUUAUCAGAUAUUUUUAGACACUCCUGGGACCGUCAUUGGCC